AUGUGCGAGGCGGACGCGGCCGCGCUCACCGCGUCCGACGACGUCUUCGAAUCCUACGGGAAGGGCCUCGCGGCGAUCGUCCACGACGUCGCGACCGCGGAGGAAUUCAAGGGCAAGGCUGGGUCGAGCGCGUUCGCGCGCGUUCCCGCCGCGAUGGGCCUCCCGUUCAAGCUCGUCGGCGUCGUCGGCGUCGGGAAAGCGGGCGAGAUCGGCGCGGACGCGUGGACCGCUCUCGGCGCCGCCGCCGCCGCCGCGGCGAACAAAGCCAAGUGCGAAUCGCUCGUCGUCGCCAAGUACUGGAUGGGCGACGCGCCCGAGGAGUUCGAGACCAAGGCGCGCGCGAUCGCGGUCGGCGCGUACCUCGGCGCGUUCGACGACCAACGCUUCAAGUCGGAGAAGCAGGCGAAGACGUUGCGAUUAAUCUCCGUCGCGACGCCAGCCGGCGCGGACGUCUCCGGCGCGCUGACGCGCGCGAAGGCGACCGCCGCGGGCGUCGCGCUCACGAAGCAGCUCGUCGCGGCGCCGCCGAACGUCGUGACGCCGACCGCGCUCGCGGACGUCGCGAGGGCGAUCGCGGCGGAGUUUAAGGACACGAUGUCGGUGAAGAUUUUGGAGAAGAAGGAUUGCGAGAAGCUCGGCAUGGGGUCAUUCCUGGGCGUCUCCGAGGCUUCGGACGAGCCGCCGAAGUUCAUUCACCUGACGUACACGCCCAAGGGGAAGAAAGCGAAGGACCUCACGAACGUCGCGGUCGUGGGCAAAGGCCUGACGUUCGACAGCGGCGGGUACAACAUCAAAGCCGGCGCCGGCAGCAUGAUCGAGAUGAUGAAGUUCGACAUGGGCGGCGCGGGCGCGACCCUCGGCGCCGCGCGCGUCGUCGCGGAGACCGCGCCCCCCGACGUCGCCGCGCAUUUCAUCGUCGCGUCGUGCGAAAACAUGAUCGGCAGCCGCGGCCUCCGCCCCGGCGACAUUCUCACCGCGUCCAACGGGAAGACCAUCGAGGUGAACAACACGGACGCGGAGGGGAGGCUCACGCUCGCGGACGCGCUCGUGUACGCGGAGAAGACCGCGGGCGCGACGAAGAUCGUCGACGUCGCGACGCUCACGGGCGCCAUCAUCGUCGGCUUGGGCCCCGAGGUCGCCGGCGUGUUCACCCCCGACGACGGCAUGGCGAGCGAGAUCGACGCCGCGGCUCGCGACGCCGGGGAGGCGUUCUGGCGGAUGCCCAUGCGCGAGUCGUACUGGGAGCAGAUGAAAAGCGAGAUCGCGGACAUGAAGAACACCGGGACGAGGGGCGGCGGGAGCAUCACCGCGGCGUUGUUUUUGAGGCGGUUCGUCGAGAGCGAGGACGCGAAGUGGGCGCAUCUGGACAUCGCCGGGCCGGUGUGGGACGACAAGAAGGGCGGUGCGACCGGGUUCGGCGCCGCGACGCUCGCGUCGUGGAUCUCGAACGCCGCGAAGUGA